GAUUCUACAUCUUCCAUAUUCACUUCCUUGUAGGAAGCGUUGCUUCCAGGUUCGCGCCGAUUUGGUAUUUUGCCGUUUGAAUGAGAGGCGAAUAACCGCGAGAGCUGGCCAUGUCAGGUUCGCCACCAUCGGCCUAUUCGGCUGGAUACUCGGCCUUUUACCCUCCCGGCUACCAGGCUCCAGAAAGCCAUGGCUUGGAACGCAAUUUUCGCCUCACGGCCUUUUCCGAUAUGAAAGGGUGAGGGUGCAAAGUCCCGCAGGAGACACUGCUCAAACUCCUGCAGGGACUGGAAACCGAGGCUCAGCCGGGACAGGACGGGACCGGGACUGGGACCGAAGCUGGGGACGAGACUUCAGAGUUCGGCCAGCUGGCUCCGGUCCCGCAGGGUCCCCGGCUAGGCAUUGGGAUGGAUUCUUGUGUCAUUCCUUUGAGACAUGGAGGUUUGUCCCUGAUCCAAACAACAGAUUUCUUCUAUCCAUUAGUUGAAGAUCCCUAUAUGAUGGGUCGUAUAGCAUGUGCAAAUGUGUUGAGCGAUCUGUACGCUAUGGGAAUUACUGACUGUGACAACAUGCUGAUGCUGCUGAGUGUCAGUCAGAGGAUGAGCGAGAAGGAGAGAGAGCAGGCGAUGCCCUUAAUGAUGAAAGGUUUCCGUGACGCAGCUGAAGAGGGCGGGACAUCGGUGACAGGUGGACAGACAGUCGUGAACCCUUGGAUCAUUAUAGGGGGCGUAGCCACAGUAGUGUGCCAGCCUACUGAUUUCAUCAUGCCAGAUGGGGCUGUACCAGGCGAUGUUCUCGUUCUGACUAAACCUCUUGGAACCCAAGUAGCCGUCAACGCUCACCAGUGGCUAAACAUACCAGAAAAAUGGAACAAGAUCAAGUUGGUGAUUUCAAAGGAGGAGGUAGAGCAUGCAUAUCAGGAGGCCAUGCUCAACAUGGCUACGCUAAACCGCACUGCUGCUGCUUUAAUGCACAAGUUCAAUGCACAUGCUGCCACUGACAUCACCGGGUUUGGGAUCAUCGGGCAUGCACGAAACCUGGCCAAGCAGCAGCGCAACGAAGUGGCCUUUGUUAUCCACAACCUGCCUAUCCUCGCCAAGAUGGCUGCGGUCAGCAAAGCUGGGGGAAACCUGUUUGGCCUUUUGCACGGCACCUCGUCCGAGACCUCAGGUGGUUUGCUGAUCUGUCUGCCGCGGGAGCAGGCAGCACGCUUCUGCGCUGAGAUGAAGGCGAGUCGGACCAGCUCACUGGGUGACGGACAACAGGCGUGGAUAAUUGGAAUUGUGGAGAAGGGCAGCCGCUGCGCACGCAUCAUCGACAAGCCGCGCAUCAUUGAGGUGCCGUAUCGUGGUCUCGCAGCCGGCAACACGCAGGAGAGCACCAACAUCGUCACCACCCCUACCAACACCACUACCAACACCAGCAGCAGCCCUGCUGAAGCUCAGGCCGGCCUGGCACAGUGACACAGCCUCUAACACAUCCGUGUAUUAGGAACAUUCGUUGUUGUUCUUUGUGCUUUGUACAUUUCACCUCUCUCUGUGUGUUGCAACUCUGGUUAUGUGAGUCCUGAAGGGUGUGUGCUUUGAAAAUGUGUGCUAAUAUGAUUGAGGUGUGUGUGUGUGUGUGUGUGUGUGUGUGUGUGGUGAGAGUGAGUGAAACGGUGUGUGUGUGUGAGUCGGGGUUUGAGAGAGGGGAUUUGUGCAUUCACUUUGCUUUUCAUUUCAUCUCCCUGUUCAGCCGAUGGGUUGAGAGCAACAGACCAAAAAUUUUCUUUUAAUGUGGUGGGAGGUGGAAUGGAUAGCUUGCUCUUUAUUUUUAUUUUAUUUUUUCAUCCACUUUACUCUGUCAAUCCAUUCAUUGUAAAUGUUCUUUUCUUUUUUGGCCCCUGGGUAUAAUUUUGCUGAAAAGGAUGUUCACUUUUGCAUUUAGUUCAACAAUUGGCAUUUUUAUGUGAAAAGUCCAGACCCUUUUCAAUCAAAUGCAAUUUUUAUGACAAUCAACGCCACUUAGAUCCAUUUGAAUACAUUCUUUCAGCAAACCUUGGGGGAAUUGAAAUACAAUCGAAUUAAGCCAAACAAAUUGCUGAAAAUAAUAUUUAGUAUGGGCAUAUUUAACUUAUUUUGUAUUUAAUUCUAUAAUUUGCAUUUGUGUCAUAGGUUUGAAUGCAAUCGACUAAUUAGGGAAGGUUUAUUCACUGAUUUCUUUGGUGCCAUCGGUUUAGCUUUGAUCUGCUUGAUUUUCUCAUGUCGUUGCUUAGUGGUCUAAAAGGACGGGCCGAAUGUUUGUUAGAUGUUUACAUUCGUUUAGGACUCUGGAAUGCGUCUGUUAACAUUAAUUUGUGAAACGUUUUGCAUUUGAUCAUGCGCUGUGUAUCUAUACUGGGGUUAGUACUGGGGAUUUCACAUCCGAGUUACAGUAAUGGUGCAACCCUUUUAGGAUGUAUUUGGGCUGCAGUAGCUUUCAGGACCUGGUUUUGUGAUGCUUAGAGUUAAGGCACGCCUGUUUUUCCUUUCAUGCUGAGGUGUAUGUAACUCCAGUAGUCUCUGCGCUAUAGCAUUCUCAUUGUGAUCAAUGGGAAAUUGGAUGUCUGACUCCUCCCUAUGUAUCGGAGAGAGGAUUGAGCAGCUCUCUUUGGUCUUGUGGGUUAAGUAAGAGUCCCAGAAGCAUCAGCUGAAUGGCUGCAGUGGAUCAGAAGCACGCACUCUUCCUGAUCAUGAUGCGUUUCCCGUUAAACCCCAGCCAAUGGGGAUGGGAGAAGUUGAUGUUAUUUGUAAGGAAGGGUGUGACCUGGUCUACUUACUCUGUUCAGCUGACUCGGGUGUUGUCUUGAUUUACAUGUCAUCUUAAGACAAUAAAACAUAUAAAGGAGUUUGUGAAAA